UCUAAAGACACAAAAAUGCCAAAAUAUCACUUGAACACAGUUGCAUGAGUAAGCCCAUUUCGUAUAUUUGUGAUGGAGAAUACACAUAUUUAUCCUAGAUUUUGAUGACUUCAAGCUUUUACCAAAGAAGUUGCCUAAAGAAUACUAUAAGUAUCAACUUCUGCAUGAAAUGCGGGGACAUUUAUUUAAAAACGCAAGUGGAGAAGGAACUACAUAGCUGUGGAUUUUAGUGACAUGUUGUCUUAGCACUUGUCUUAGCACUUGCCUUGGCCGGAAGCAAUUCACAUCCUUCUUUCCUGUCAUCUAGGAGGAUGUUGUAGAGUAGGGAGUGCCAAACUUCUUAUCUCUUACCUUUGAGUCAGAGCAUUCCUAAAUUUCUGUUCCACUGAGAGUCACACCCUCUCUAUCUUAUAAACAUUCAGUGUUGCCUUCCCCCAGCCCCUGUUAACCCCAGUUGUUCAGCAGUUCUUAAGUCCAUUCUCCUGCCCUCGUAAUGCAAAUUGCAACCAUCUUGGUUCAUGGUGGAAUGACUGCAUUUUGGUAAACAAAGUUAACCAGCAAAGCUUUCUUUACCUGCCAAAGGAUUCUGCCAACGAUAACUUGUGGCAAUUUAGUUUCCUUAAUAGCCUUUGGUGAAGCUUUUUGAAAAUCCAAAUACACUAUGUCUACUGGUUCCCAUUUAUCUGUAUUCUUAUUGACACACUCGUAGAUCUCCAUCAGAUUAGUGAGACAGGAUUACUCAUUUCCAGCAGUGUUUAUCCAUGUAUGUGAUCAGUGAUCUUACCUUUUGAUCAGAUCCAGUGAUGUUACUAUUUAUUACAGACUCUUCCAGAGAGGAGAUUCAUACUGACUGGUCUGCUCCAGAGUCCCCUCAAGUUGUUUUUGUAGAUGGGAGUGACACUGGCAGAGCCCUUCUCACCAGGCAUAGUGUCUCUUCAUAAUGACAGCUGCGCACCUUUGCCAGCAGUUCUGCAAUUUCAUGUUUGUGUUCCUUCAGAACUCUGAAGUGAAUGCCAUCCAGUUUCAUCACUGGUCCAUCUGUAGUUCCUGGCUACUUCUCAGUUGAGGCUGAAAAUGUUGUGCUAGUUCUGAAUGGAAGAGAAAAAGCAAAGAUCACUUAUGCCACUCAAUGGUUGCACUACGCACAAACAUUAAUUCAGACUCACAAAAUACAGCACGUAGCGGUUGUGCUUCUUGGAAAUGAGCAGUGCAACAAUGAAUGGAUUCAACCAUACCUGAAAAGAAAUGGAGGAUUUGUAAAUCUACUCUUUGUUACAUAUGACUAUGCAUUGGUAAAUGAAGAAGAUAUUUUCCAGUGGCCUUUAGGAGUUGCUACCUACAGAAAUUUUCCUGUUGUAGAACCCAGCUGGUCAAUGCUACGUGAUCCAAGAUCGUAUCUAUGUAAUUUCUUAGGAACAGUUUAUAAGAACUCUUCUAGGGAAACCCUAAUGGAAGUUCUGAAGCAGGAUGGGCUUGACAAACUUUGCUGGAUUGCAGCCAGAGAACAGUGGCAGCCUCAAGAAACAGAUGAAAGUUUCAAAAACUAUCAAGAUGCCUUGCUGCAGAGUGAUUUGACAUUGUGCCCAGUGGGAAUAAAUACAGAAUGCUAUAGAAUUUAUGAAGCUUGUUCAUAUGGAUCUCUGCCUGUUAUAGAAGAUGUAACAACAUCGGGUGAUUGCGGAAAUUCAUCAGUGUACCACAGUGCUCCAUUACAAUUAUUAAAAACCAUGGGGGCUCCAUUUAUCUUUAUUAAGAACUGGAAAGAGCUUCCUGCUGUUCUAGAGAAAGAAAAAAAAAUGAGCUUACAAGAAAAGAUUCAGAGGAGAAAAAAGCUUAUAGAGUGGUAUCGAAACUUCAAAGCAUGGAUGAGACAGAAAUUCAUUAAUACUUUGGAAAAUUCAUUUUUGCCAAAUGCUAAAGGAUAAAUUGUCCCUUUUGAAAAUCUAGAAUAGAUUGAAAGUUUAAUUUCCAUUAACCUUCCAAGAGAGCUUUUAUACAAAAGAAAUCUCACAAGGCAGAUGCAUUCCUUUUGAAGUCAACAGAAUUGUGCUAGCUUGGGCAAGAGCUACGUUUGGCCCUUCAUCCUUAACAAUUUUGAGAGAGGUUGUUGACUUAGCAGGAUGGUAGUCUGUAAGGAUGACAACAAUUUUAUUAUCAUUUUUACAAUUUCCAUGUUGGUGUGUGACCUGAUAGAUUUUUUUUCUUUUUUAGGAGAAUAUCUUUGAGCAUGUGAACUUGUUAAAAUCUAACAUGAGUACAACAGUUGUGUUUGAAGAAAAGAGAAGAAUGGAAGCUGUAUGGUACAGGGUAAUUUAUUAUGUAGACUAAAGAAGAGAAGUAUGAUUAUAGCAAAAUCACCAAGUUUAGCACAAUCAUUAAGAUGCAUCCUGGUAAGUGUUUUGAAAAUGUGAACUAUUUAUUUGAUUGACAUUUAAUUUCCAAGAAAGUGGCCAUAAAGCUAAUGAAACACUGUGGAAUAAAAAUUUGUAUUUCAAGGUGAAAA